AUGGCAAAGAACAAGUCAAAGUCAAAGUCCUCUGCGACGGCCGCGUCGCAGGGCAGCGGCCUCAACAAGCUCCUCCUGGUUCUCGGUCUCCUCACAGCUCUCCUGAGCUCUGUCGUCUACUUUGUCGAGCAGAACCUGAACCAAUUCUACAUCUUCGACCUCGAUCACCUCGACGAUCUAUCUAAGCGAGCCAUCGCUAAGCACGGAGAGGACACCCGAUCGGUUGUGCAGUACAUUGUCACGGAGCUUAACGAGAAGGUUCCCGAGCAUAUCAACCUCAAGGAGGAAUGGGUCUUUAACAACGCUGGUGGUGCUAUGGGUGCCAUGUACAUCAUCCACGCCAGUGUUACCGAGUACCUCAUCAUCUUUGGCACUGCCAUCGGUACCGAAGGUCACACUGGUCGCCACACCGCCGACGACUACUUCCACAUCCUUUCUGGAACUCAGCUAGCUUACGUCCCUGGCGAGUACAAGGCCGAGGUGUAUCCCGCCGGCAGCAUCCACCACCUUCGCCGCGGCGAUGUCAAGCAAUACAAGAUGCCCGAGGGCUGCUUCGCGCUCGAGUACGCCCGAGGCUGGAUCCCUCCCAUGCUCUUCUUUGGCUUUGCCGACGGCCUGUCCAGCACCCUCGACUUCCCUACCCUCUGGGAUACCACUCGCAUCACUGGUCGCGAGAUGAUCAACAACUUGCUCAAGGGCAAGCUGUAA